UUGUCAAGUCACUAUUAUGUUAGGAUGUGCUAUAAGAAAAUGUUUUCAACCUAUUAAAAUGAGAAAGUGAUAUGACACUCUUCUGUCAUUUAAGAACUACAAUAUGGAUGCAUUUGGCGACAACUUUGUUAAUGGGCAGGAAGUAGAUCCAGUGGCAGAAUUUGUAGCAAGAGAACAAGAUCAACUAGCAGGACUAGAAAAUGAUAUUCCACCUGUCUCUAUCUCAAGUCCUCCAAUGGCUCCUAAUACAGAUGUUGGUCCAGGUGGAGAUGCUGAAGGUAGUUUUGAAAUAAUAGAUGCGCAACCUUCCGAAACACAACUACCCCCAGCGACAGAAACGCCUAAACCUUCGCCAGUGAAAGAGGAGCCGGAGAAAAUACGGAAAUGGAGAGAAGAACAGAAAGCUAGAUUAGAGGAAAAAGACGCCGAGGAAGAGACAAAGAAGGAAGAAUGGAGAGAAGCUGCGAAGAAGGAGCUAGAAGAAUGGUAUAAGCAUCACGCGGAAGCUAUUAGUAAAACAAAAACUACGAACAGGGAAUCGGCCAAGAACGCGGAAAAGCAAUUUGUAGCGGAAGCCGACGAGGUGGAGCCAGGUACCGAGUGGGAGCGCAUCGCCAAACUUUGCGAUUUCAAUCCGAAAUCGUCCAGGACAUCGAAAGACGUCUCGCGGAUGCGCUCGAUCAUAUUGCAGUUGAAGCAAACUCCACCGGCUCCGGUCACUCUUUGAUCAGAUUAACAAAUAAUUUCGAUUGGGAUAUAAAUACAUACAUAUAUAUAUAUAUCUACUAUCGCAUGUAUUACAUAAAAAAAGAAACAAAAAGGAGAAAGAAACAAACUAAAUAUCAUGGGAUGAAAAAGAUCGUAUGAGAUCUCUUGAAUGAAAAUGUUAUUGCAAAUAAAAUUGGUUAAUAGCACGUGUAUGCAUAAAUAUUAAAA